GGUGGCUGCGGACGGAGUCUCGGGAUUGGUAGAGUUCACCGCCAAACUUGUUGACUCAUAACUGAGCAGCUCCUCUCCAUCCUUCACGGCGCGGAGCUGUCCAGGGCCAGUGGUGCUGAAACUGCCGCCUCCCGAAGCGCAGUCGGAAUAAUUUCGUUUUUUCUUCCGGUUUCCUUGCUCCCAUCGAGCUCUUGAAAGUUAUAUGCUCCUGCGUGACACUUCUAGACGUCAGGUUUAAGCGUCACUUGACGGAUUUCUAUCCGCUGUCACCGCUCUAUCCAAGGAGCGCAUCAAGCCUUCAACUUCUCAGCCGAUCAGACAGAGGACUCUCAAACGCACAGCCAUGGCUUUCAUGGUAAAACACAUGGUGGGAGGACAGCUGAAGAACCUGACAGGCGGACUGACGGAGGAGAAAUCCGAAGGGGAGAAAUCAGACGCCGCCGCGCAGGGGAUGACUCAAGAGGAAUUUGAACAAUACCAGCAACAGUUAGAAGAGGAAAAACAAGAACGAGAAGCCCAUUUCGCCCAGAAGAAAGCUGAGAGAGCUACAGUUAGAAGUCAUUUCCGGGACAAGUACCGGUUACCAAAGAACGAGACAGAUGAGACCCAGAUCCAGCAGGCGGGGGACGACGUGGUGUUGCCCACAGAGUUGGCCAAGAUGAUUGCUGAAGACAACCAGGAGGAGGCACACAAGCAGUCGGUGCUGGGCCAGCUGUCCAACAUCCAGAAUGUGGACAUGGACCAGCUGAAAGACAAAGCCCAAGCCACACUGGAAGACCUCAAAAAGCAGACGGAGAAUUGCAGUCUCAUGUGAUUUGGCCAACUCCGUGUCCCAGAAGAUUAGUUUUACUUGUACAAAUAUUUUUCAGAGGCAGAGCUGCUCUAGAGAUAGAAAUAUUCUUGUUGCUUCAGUGGAAUGUCAGUUGGCAGAGCCACAUAAUAACAGUUUUUCUAGCUGUGCAAAGUUAGACAGACGCCCUGCGGAAAAGAAAGUAAAAGAUGAGGAAGCUGAGCUUUUGAAAACUGGGGCUCAUAUUUCUAACUGGAAAGAAAAGAGUUCUUUGUCUUCUAGGUGAGGUAGUUUAUUGACUUUUCCUGUUGACCUUCAAACAUCCUAUAAGUCAUGAAUGUCAUUCAUAUUUUUAUUGAAAUUAGCUAACCUGCACUCUGAAAGACUGUGGUUCCUUGGCUCCUCCCAUUGAUUUAACCAAUAAGAUUAUUUCUGCAUUUAGAACAACUCCUCCUCUGAGAAAAACUUUGUCCAGUGCAUCAAACCCUUACAUUCCCUCACCCCUCUCUCUCUCUCGCUCUCUCUCUCUCUCUCUCUGUACCUCAUGUGACCAGCGAUAACACAAUAUGAUCCUGCAGCUGAGGCCUCAGGUGUGUGUGCAGGGUUUUAUUGCUUCCAAACACACAGCAGCUGAUUUCACCGAUGAACACACACAUUUCCAUCAGGAGAGGACACUCAUCAGUAAAAUCAGCUGCUUGGUUGGAAUGAAAACACACAUACACAAGGCUAACACUGGCUCAUGUGAGGAGCUUGUAUGUGUGUUAUGUGGAAUUUGGUGAUUUAUUUUUGGAUAAAUACAAUGAAGAAGCCAUGGGGGGGGGGGUUACAUUUCACACACAAAAGCACAAAAAUCUUGAAAUGGGCAAUAUUCAUUUGGAGCAACAAAUGAGGCUGAGCUUUGUUGUAAGUAGCUUACUAAUGAGGGACAAAAGCUCCCUGUGAGCCGCAUUAAUCUUACUUUUAAUCUUUUCCUAAACAUAUCAUUAUAAUGGCUUUUCUUUUUUUUUUUUUUAGCGUUUUCUGUACUUCAGUGUGCCUUGGACGUCCGUACAAGGUUGUCAUCUUUAGAGCUCCAAGAUUUGUAAGCUACUUUUUACAAAAAAUGACCCUCCUGUUUGCUCCUGCUACAGAUUUGUAUUCAUUCCCUUUUUUAGUUUAAUUAAAAGCAACAAACAAUUUGUCGGCAGGCACAUGUGAUGUCUUAAGGGCAGACAUAAGUAAAUGCAGUAAAGCCUGUCCAAUAACUGUGUUCCCAAAUUUUACCUAUAGCAUCAAUAUCAGCUACAUAGGGAGUAAAUGUGUUUUUGUGCUGCAUCUAAGCAAAAAACAAAAGCUGCUCAAAUGAGAAAAAUGGAAAUGCUUUAGAGGUUGUAUGCCAAACCAACAUAAAGGCGUAAAUGUCAAACUGUGUAACUGAAGUGUGUGUUUAAAUCCAACUACAGAGUCCACAUACAAACAUUUAUGUUGUAUAAGAUGUACUUGUAUCUCCUGUUUGCCUAUUAUGUCAACAGCGGGUCUUCAGUCACUCCAUUUUCAUCAACCCGCUGGGUCUCAUAGUGUCGUCGACCGUCACAUGACCUUCGACCUGUCCUCCAUCUCGCUGACCCCUGCGUCCCAGUGGUGCCGUUUUGUGCUGGUGGAUUUUGUGUCGUUUAGACGAUGUGAUAUGUCAAGUGGUGUCUUUGUAAAAACCUGGUCCUGUGGCUGCGAGAGCUGGUUUGUAGUGUCACACAGCGCACAGUCACUGUGGGCUCACCGCAGUGUUCUGUCUCUGCUGUUUUCUGGCCAUAUGUAAGCGAAGGCGAGGGGGAAUUAGGAGAAGAUGUUGUUGAUGUUGUGUAACAUUCAUAUACGCUACAUUUUGCCGGUGUUUGAUUUUAUGUAGCAGUGGUGCUAAGGGUGAUGUCAGCUUUGAUCUCACGUCUGUCCCCACUCUGAUUCCUGUUGUAUUAACUGCCAAAAAACGAUUAUAAAAGUCUUAAUUUUACAUAUUAAUUAUUUACAUACAUUGUUUUAGAGGAAACAUGGGCAAAAAACUAUUGCCUGUUUUCUCUGAAAAUGUCCUUGCUGUAGGUGCCACACUACUGCUGAAUAGAUCUGGGGCAACAUUCAAAAAUUUUCAGUGCAGUGCUUGUUGUCAUGUGAUAGGUGAACAGUGUAUUCGUAACAUUUCAAUAAUUUGAAGCAGAGGAAAAGUUGCAAUAAGUCCUUUUAUAAUAAAGUUAUCUGUCAUAUUUGAUGAUAAGAUAAUAUUAAUGGGUGGAGCAGAAGCCAUAAAACAACUGUUUGCUUUGAAUGAGUGUUUAUGACUUGAAAUAAUAAUUCAAUAAUAAUAAUAAUAAUAAUUAUAAUAAUUAUAAUAAUAAUAAUUAUAAUAAUAAUGAUAAUGUAAUUUUUGUGCUGUCAUCCUGUGCAAUUCAUUGUUUUCAGGAAAUGGCUGCCACGACUUCUUCUUGUUCUUCGGCUGGUUCUUUGUUUCACAAUAUCUCUCUCAUUCUGUCUCUGACAGUAUUUCAGUGAUUUUGGAGUUUUAAC